AUGGCUUUUGCUCAGCUUUCCGCCAUCGUCGCUCUCGCUCUUGGCGCAGUCCAUGUCGCUCAGGCCGCUCCUCCACCGAAGGUUACCUGCGCCGACGGAAAUGUCACCGCUAACGCUGUCUGUUGCCAGCUGUUCCCCGUCGUUGCCAAUCUCCAAGAGAACCUGUUCGACGGUGCUCAGUGCGGUGAAGAGGCUCACUCUGCUCUUCGUCUGAGCUUCCACGACGCGAUUGGCUGGUCGAAUUUCGUUGAUAAGGGUGAUGGCGCCGACGGUUCCAUCUUGGUGUUCAACGCCACUGAGUUGCAAUUCCACGCCAACAUUGGAAUUGACGACAUCACCUCCGUGCAAUUCCCUGUCUUCCAGACCACGAACUUGUCCGCUGGUGACUUCGUCCACUUGGCUGCCGCUGUCGGGACGGCCAAUUGCCCCGGCGCUCCUCAGCUCGACUUCUUCUUUGGUCGUCCCCCGCCUACGGAGCCCGCUGCUGAUCUGACUGUACCCGAGCCCACGGACUCUGUUGACGCUAUCAUUGAGAGGUUCACCGAUGCCGGCUUCGAGGUCCCUGAGAUCGUGGCCCUGCUAUCGUCCCACACCGUCGCUGCUGCGGACGAGAUCGACACGACCAUUCCCGGGACUCCUUUCGACACCACCCCUUUCACCUUUGACACUCAGUUCUUCGUUGAGACCUUGUUGAAGGGGUCGUUGUUCCCCGGCAAUGGCUCUCAAGCUGGUGAAGUUUUAUCGCCCAUCCCCGGAGAGAUGCGUCUUCAGUCCGACUUUGAGCUCUCCCGUGACUCCCGUACUGCUUGCUUGUGGCAGGCUAUGAUCAACGACCAGACCCGCAUGCAGACUCAGUUCAAGGCUGUGAUGCACAAGCUUGAGCUCCUCGGACAACCAGACACUCUCGUUGACUGUUCCGAUGUCAUCCCUGUCCCCGCUCCCUUCAAGGGACAGGCUGUCUUCCCCGCCACGUUCAGUCGACGUGAUAUCCAGCAGGCUUGCGACACGGAGCCUUUCCCCACUCUCCAGACCCUCCCCGGUCCCGAGACCUCCGUCCCUCCGGUUCCUGGGUCUUAA